GAGUCAGGACACCGGUUCCUCCGGGGCUGGGUGUGCAGCGUUGAGCAUCGCUACCGUUACCGCCCCGCAGCUGCCCUCGGCUCAUCCCCAUUGCCCCACAGCCACCCAGCCUGCCCCAACAGCCCCGCGGGACAAUGAACAUCCUGGCUCCGGUCCGCAGGGACAGGGUCAUCACCGACCUACCCCCGUGCUUUCGGAAGGAGGCCGCCCUGCACACCCGCUCCUCCUUCCACCCCACCGUGUCCAGCGCCUGCCAGGAGCAGCGGACGGGCACCGUGGGGUUCAAGAUCUCCAAGAUCAUCGUGGUCGGGGACCUCUCGGUGGGGAAGACGUGUCUGAUCAACCGCUUUUGCAAGGACACCUUUGACAAGAACUACAAGGCGACCAUCGGGGUGGAUUUCGAGAUGGAGCGGUUUGAGGUGCUGGGGGUGCCCUUCAGCCUGCAGCUGUGGGACACGGCCGGGCAGGAGCGCUUCAAGUGCAUCGCAUCCACCUACUACCGAGGAGCACAAGCCAUCGUGAUUGUCUUUGAUGUCAAUGAUGUGGCGUCCCUGGAGCACACGCGGCAGUGGUUGGCUGAUGCCCUGAAGGAGAAUGACCCAUCCAACGUGAUCCUCUUCUUGGUGGGCUCCAAGAAGGACUUGAGUACACCAGCACAGUACAACCUGAUGGAGAAGGAUGCUCUCAAGGUGGCCCAGGAGAUGCAGGCAGAGUACUGGGCUGUCUCGUCCCUUACCGGGGAGAACGUGCGGGAUUUCUUCUUCCGUGUGGCUGCAUUGACCUUCGAGAGCAGUGUGCUGGCUGAGCUGGAGCGCAGCAGCGCCCGCAGGAUCGGCGACACCGUGCGGAUCAGCAGCAACGAGAGCGACCUGUACCUAUCAGCACCCCGCAAGAAACCCAAGUGCUGCCAGUGAGGGACCCCUCCAUGUUCACACCUCUGGACCAAAGAGGGGUGGCCCCGGCCGGCCCCAAGGAGCCAUCCCUGUUGUCCCCCUGGCUUGCCCAGCAUGGGCACCCACGGCUGGGGUGGGCAGGA